AUGACAGACGAGACAACGCCGCUGACCACGGGGUCCACGGGCUUUGCCGCUGUCCCUCCGUACCAGGGUCCCGCCUAUGUGUUUCCGGGCGUGUCACCGCGUUCGCGGCGUAACAAAAUGAAUCAAUUCCAAUGCUGUAUUACAGUCACCCUACUAGUCAUUGUAAUUGCUGCGCUGUGCCUGGCGCUAGUCAUGAACAAUUCCUAUCGUGAUGGAGCCUCCGGUCCCAGUUUCUUUUUUGCCACAAAUGAAACGGAUGCGACUUUGGCAGGCAACAAAGUACCGCUUGCGGAUGAGGCUGAGGCAGAGUGGGCGCUGACCCAUGAGCCGGUGAAUAAGCGCGCCGGGGAGCAGGCAGUAAGUGCGGGUAUCAAGGCGCUGGGAGAUAGGGAAAUACUAGAAGAGGGCCUGCAGCCUAGUGCCGUGAAUACGCCCGCCUUUCGACACUAUCGCUCGUUGAGCACCAAUCCGGAGGCUCGCAAGCUGGCACGUCGUGGCUAUGUGGAGAACCAUGCGACUAUGAACAUUGCUCAGCGUUUCAAUUACUCUAAGGAGCCGGGACGUAGCAACAUUGGGCACGGACCGCGUAUUGUGCUGCCGGACCCAACCUCGGAUCAUCUGAAAUGCGACUUUAAUGCGCGCUAUCGUCGCGCCAACGGCGUUUGCAAUAAUAAAAAGCAUCCGCGUAAUUUUGGCGCUGCUAUGGUACCCUAUCGUCGAAUGGUGGCCCCGGACUAUGCGGAUGGGAUAUCGACGCCCCGUGCUAGUCACAAUAUGACGGGUGGUCGAUUGCCCCCCGCUCGGGAGGUCUCAUUGAGGAUACAUCGCUCGUCCUACGAUACAGACUCGAACUUUACGGUCAUGCUGGCGGUAUUUGGUCAAUUUCUAGACCAUGAUAUAACAGCCACCUCCUUGACAACAUCACAAGAGGGCGAGUCCAUUGACUGCUGUGUGCCUGAUAUACAGACGCAACAUCCGGAAUGCUUUCCCGUGCUGAUACUGCCCGAUGAUCCCUUCUAUAUACAAUACAAUGUGACUUGUAUGAACUUUGUACGCUCAGCGCCGGCACCCACAGGACAUUUUGGUCCGCGCCAACAGCUUAAUCAGGCCACAUCAUUCAUCGAUGGGUCUGUGGUGUACGGCAAUCUGGAUCAGCGGCAGCAUCAGCUGCGCAGUUUCAUAAAUGGCACCCUGCGCAUGUACCUAACCGAUGAUGGACGCGAACUGCUGCCUAUUUCAACGAACUCGGAGGAUGGCUGCAAUCGUGUGGAGAUGACACGUGAAGGGAAAUAUUGCUUCGAGUCCGGCGAUGAUCGGGCGAAUGAGAAUCUGCUGUUGACCUCAAUGCACUUGCUUUGGGCACGUCAUCAUAACUAUUUGGCUCGUAACCUCAAUGCCCUGAAUCCCGAUUGGGAUGAUGAACACAUCUAUCAAGAAGCGCGUAAGAUACUUGCCGCCCAGUUGGCUCACAUAGCCUACAAUGAAUUUCUGCCCGUACUGUUGGGUCGCGAUCUGGCGGCUGCCAAGGGACUGUUGCCAGAUAUCAAUGAGGAUAGUUUCUCGGAUACGUAUGAUGCAGAUGUAGAUCCUACCAUUGCCAACUGUUUUGCUGCAGCCGCGUUUCGAUUCGCACACACCCUACUCCCGGGUCUCUUUAAUAUGACUCGGGAGAAUCGCACACCCGAGGCCAUUGAGCUGCACAAGAUGCUCUUCAAUCCCUUUUCUCUCUGGGCGGAGCAUGGCAUUGAUCAUGCCCUGCAGGCCGCGUCUAAUACUGCCGUUCUGCGCGUCGAUCGAUUCUUCUCGCCAGAGGUCACUCAGAAGCUCUUCGAGGGUCCAGAAGAGGAUCACUUACCCAUUUGCGGCUUAGACUUGGUUUCUUUGAACAUACAACGUGGACGUGAUCAUGGUAUACCCGCUUAUCCAGUCUUUAGAAGACAUUGCCGGCUUCCGCCUGUGGAUUCUUGGGAUCAAAUGGCACUUGCCAUGGAUAACGUCACAUUGCAGUCCAUUAUGCAGAUCUAUAAUUCUCCAGCAGACGUCGAUGUUUAUACGGGUGCGCUCAGUGAACCUCCUCUUGAGGGCGCCAUAUUUGGACCGCUACUUAGUUGCAUUGUGUCCGAUCAGUUUUUGCGAUUGAAACGCGGGGAUUCGCACUGGUAUGAGCGUAAAGUGGGAGCUCAACGUUUUAGCAAAGCGCAACUGGCAGAAAUCUACAAGACCACACUAGCUGCCAUAAUUUGUCGUAAUUCGGACGGUAUAACGCGUGUUCGUCAGCGUGUUAUGGAACGGCACAAGCUAGGGACUAAUGAGUAUAUGGACUGCGCCCAACUAGACAGCUUCGACUUUGAGCCAUGGUCAGCGGCUAAGCAAAUGAAGCCGCUGCACAAGAUGGGCUUCAGUCAGGCGCUCACACUGGUACGUGUUAUGCAGCCAACACAAAGUAAAAACAAUCGAAGUUUGGACACCGGCACUGUUGCCAAUUGAGGCGUGAAAGUGUUGGCAGCAGAUUAUAGUAUUGGCGCCCAACGGAGGGCACGGGAGGCACGUUGGUGUUUAUGUGAAGCUGUGCGGAA